UUCCAACCCUGGCCAUUCUGUGAUUCUGUGAUUCUGUGAAUAACAACACUUGCAAAGGAACAGUUAGGGAAAGAAAAGUGUGCGCCGUGCUGGGAGCAGCACUAGGGAUGGCCCAGAAGGAGAGGCACCUGAUUAAACAAACAAUGACAUGGUUAAAUCCUUGCAAGAACAAUAAUAAAUCCCUGCAGAGCCAACCAACUCAUCAACAUACUACCACUCAGUGACUCCGCUGCUCUGUCUGUGACUGUUCUGUCCAAUGCACUGAACCAAUGGACUAUUUUACUAUUUUACAGAAUUAGAGGAAAGAGAAUAAGGUUCUCCUAAACGGACUGACUGCGAUUUUGUUCCAUAUAGUGAACUGGGAUUUACAAGCUCAGCCAUAGUCAUAGUCACAUCCACAUCAGCAGGUCUUAAACUCAGCAUCAUUUGAUUAAAUUUCUCAUGAAUUUUAGCUUUGAAACUAGAAGCACUGAGCCAAAAGUGUAUUCAAAGUACACCAGGUAAUGAUAAAUGUUUGUGGGAGGCUGACUCAUUCCCACUCCAGAACUACAGUGGAACAACUUAGUUCACAUCUCUCCAGCCGCCUAUCAUUUUCCACUCAGGUCAACCUGGAAAGACACGUGGAAUGUGACCUACUGGAAUUUGUAACAGUAGAAAACACUACAAUAAAAUUAAAAAUACAACCUUGACUUAGAAAGCUACAAUACAUAAAACAGCACACAUUAAGACUAUAGUCCCACUCGGUCUGCACUUAGGCUGUGUAAUUCUGCACAGGAAACAUAGCUGUAUUUGUCAGGGUUUGGGAUUAGUGGGACUUCUGUUGUUUUGCAUCCUGAUUCAGUUCAGUCUAUGGUGAGGCUUGAGAUUCCUUCAAUGUGUACAGCUGACUAUGAAUACUUUCCAGGAAUGACUAAAACAACUGAUCUUUUUUGUAACUUACUCCUUAAUAAGGUGCUCAAGAAGUUCUUUGUAACUCAGAAAGGUUAAGCACAUUUUUCUUGCAUGAUCAGAAGUGCUUUGUGAGGUCAUAAUGGGCCCCAUGAAGACAUUCAGGAACCCCAUAUUAUGUCAUACCAGGAGGUACCACUUGUGCCUCAAGCCUGCAAGGAGGCUGCUUGUGGAUGAGAGGUAGCAUGGGGCAACUACAGGAGACGAGUGCUCCCAACUGUCGCUUUUUGCUCUUCCUUCUCUUCCUGGUGACUCUGUGUCAUGGGCAAGCGCAGUAUGUCUCAUGGGGAGCACUGAGUCCAGAUGAACGUGUUGGCAACAUGUACGGAGCAUAUCCCAUGGAAGCUGAUCCAGAACUUGGUGAAUAUCCCAGGGAUCUGCCUGUACGCCGCGUAUCUGGGCUGCGCCGUUUAUAUCAGCCUCAAGGCUACCCCAGGGAGGUGGUCUCAGGUGCUGGCUCUGUAGCUUCUCGGUGGGUUCCUGGUGUUGAGCCUUGGAGGAAUCACAUGGCUGUUGAACCUAAGAUUCCUAUUGUACAUUCUCAGAUGGAUCUUGGUUUUGAGCCUGAACAGUAUCCCAGAGGUGCUGGUGCUGUGAGAACAGCAGAGGGUGUGGAUCAGAAACGGGGAGAAAAUCACUCUGCAGUUGCAGUGCUUGCCGUGCUGUUCUCUCUGGUUGUUCUGGCAGCUUUGGGUUACCUGGCAAAACAUCUGCUGAAGAAGAGACGAGAAGGUGCAAUGCUAGGUGAAGCUGGCAUUUGCGUAAGAAAGGAAGACCCAUCUCGAGUAGAAAAACGACAGAACUUAGCGAGAAUUACCAUAGAAAUUGAAGAUCUUUCUGGGAAGUCAAACCCAAAUCUGAAGGGUCUUCUCUCUCCACUCACUGACUUAUUCUGUCAGUCCUCAGAGCGAUUCAUUCUGCCUGACUCUCGCAAGCAGUCAGAAAUCGCUGAUGAAAGCAAAAAGCCAAUAGAGUCAGGAAAAGAGAGGAAAAGUACAUGCACCUGUGGAAGAACAGUGAAACUGGGUGAAACAUAGAACCCCCAGUGGACCAAGAAUGUAGAGAUCAGCACCGCUGGGGAGCUGUGUGCCACGGAAGAGAACGCACAGUGUCCAUGAGAGAAAUACAUCAGACAAAUGGGAAAGGGAGAGUCUCCUAACCGUGCUGCAGGCUCGGCAAUGCAGAGCAAUAAGGAAUGUCCUUACAUCACUACAUCACUUUGUCUCUCCCUCCCGGAAAUGACAUGGGAAGGAGUGGAGCAUUUGGGGAACUCUAGUUCUCCCUUAACAGCUUUCCCACUUCCAUCAGUUCAUUGCGUGAUGUCCAUACUUAUGGACGACCAGGAGAGCAUUCACCACUUAUUCCAUAUCAUGACAUCAUGCCCAAGUUGUACAACACAGGUAUAUGUAUCUACAUGAUCAAUAAACUAUAAUUAACAUUAUAUACAGGUAUGUGUAC